AUGCUUUUAUCUGAUAUUGACUUUCCAACAGACUUAUACUACAAAGAUAAUGGCCAGUUUCUCGAUUGCUUUCAGAAUCUUCUCAACUUUGCUCCUGGUGUAUAUGGCCAAUACAUUCCCAACUUUUCUUCUACCAAAACCUCAUCUACUUCUCAUCAGAGUACUCAGCAUCUAAAGAACCACGGCAAUCAACUGAAUACUACACUCGGUAAUCCUGAUAUUACAACUCAUCAUGCACCUGUAAAAGUUCAACAGAAUCAGUUUGUCUCGGAAACGUCUUGUUUUGCUUCGCAAAACCAUGUUCAGCCCAUCAGUACCACUUCAGUUUAUUCAGAAACUGUGUCAUUGAGUAGUUAUACUGUACCAGCUAGAACCCCAACUUUGUUUCACUCAAUGGUUCAGCUUGCUUCUAAUCUUGCAGAGGUAUGGGUUCAAAAUUCACAGACAUCAGCAACUCGACGAUCUAGUAAAAAAAGCAAACAACGAGCAGUUUCUCCAACAGUAUGUCCAUUGCAACCCAAUACGGUAGUGAUUUCUAAUCCACAACCUCCCACAGUGAUUAUUCCUUCUGAUCCGACUGUUGUUCAAAACAACAAACAGCAAGCAAACAAGCCAUUAAAAACACGUCAAUCAACCAAGUUUAGGAAAAAUGACUCGACACAGUCUACUGAUGAUUCAGAGAGCGAUUGUAAUCAGGAGUCAAAAGUUGAACAGAAGAAAGUAAAAGAAACUAAACAGGCUGACAAGUCUGGGUUUGGAGAAUUACCCAUGGCAGUCAUUGCAGGAGUAUCCUUUUCUUUACUUACACUCUUCUCUGCAUAUAAAACAUCAGAGCACAUGAGCAGAUACGAGUUUCUCCAGCAAUUCUAUGCAUGUUUGCUCGAGUGUGAGCAGCGAUUGGAUCAAGUCAAACUAUGGAUUCGAGAGCGACAGAUGCUGAAAUUAAGUAUACCUCGUGUAGUAGUUCGAGAUGUGGCUCAGCUCACAGAUCUUGUUGAGAGUAUGAAUAGACUGGACACAAAAGACAAGGACAGACAAGUAGGUCCAGUAUAUUUGGGAGUAAGCAUUUCUUCGUUUCUUGUAGUGUCCAGUGUCUUGUUUGGUGGCCAGCAUGCAGGGUCAGUAACCAAGAUUGGAAUCAGUGGACUGAUUCUUUCAGCAACGUACGGUGCAUUUCUUUAUGGUCGCCAUGGAACCAGCGUGCAUCAAGAAAGCUUCCAGCAGAUCGCUUGUCGAGCCCAUCGCGCCGCGACUGAGAUUGGCCAGCUGCAGACCCAUGCAGAUCUUGUUCUUUCGACUCUUGAAUACGAAUUGCAUGAGUGA